AUGGAAGUCUCAAGCAGCAGCGCCGACGCGAGGACGAAGCUCGAGCAGGAGUACUGUCCCCCGGUUGACUCUGCCUUGCUAGCCGCACUUGCCCUUGACUUUGAUCUCGACAAGUCAGAUGACGUCAAAGCGCUGCGUGAAACGCUCGACUCGAUUAAAGAAUCAGCACUGCAGGAGGAAUAUCUUACGUUCGAUCCGUCCGGCACAGCCGGUAAUGAGGUUGACUCCUACGACAACAGUGGGACCUGCAGCGGGAGCCGGGAUACGUUUGCGACAGGGACACCCAGUACAAGUCAAUAUUCCCAAAACCUUCCCGACGGUUGCGAUUCCAGAAGCGCCAAGUCUAGAGAUGCUUCACAACCAAGUUAUACUUUGGGUGCAGACGGAUCGCUCCAGUUCGUUGGUGGCACAGAGGAAGGCAAGAUCAGCCUGUUGCAAGAGAUGUUUCCAGACAUAACCAGAUUCAACAUUGAGCAAGGCCUGAAGAAGAGCGACGGCGAUGUGGAUAAAGCCAUGGACUCGCUCCUGAAUCUGUCUUUCUUUCACCAGGGCCACCUUGAUGAGUCCGCGAUUGCCAUCCCCAAGGGCCUGGAUGGGUUUAUGCAAGAGACUCCCGAUAUUGGUCGUCAAAAACCCCGCAAGAAGAGAAGCAAGAAGCAUAAAGUUUCCUUCGAGGCCGAUGCUGCUGGUAUUGAUCACUCACAUGUUCAAAACCAAUGGCAGAAGAGUAAUGAAGACGUGGAAUUCAUCUACUCUCGCACGCCCGAUCUGCCACGGUCGACAAUCGCAUCCACAUAUACCCACAACAAUCGCUCUUUGUCCUUGACCAUCAAGGCGCUGGCUGACUCACACUCUGUCGCGGACAUCGAUGAGGUGAGAGAUGAUUCAGUGGUGCAGUCACAGCUAGAUGAGCUGGCGAGUGAUUUCCCGAAUGUACCUCAGCCUACACUUGUGGGGCUGCUGCGGAUCACGCGGAACAUCUUCUCGGCUGCGAACGAAUUAGCCGCAGAGAUGAUUCGUCAAAAGCCGAGCUUCUCAGUCUCUGACCUGAUCAAGAUCACUGCCCCAAAGCUGAAUCUUGAGGAUGAGGAAGAGGAUCUCUCCGCUCGACCGACUCGCUCGGUAGUACUUUCACAAAGCGCGACUGACUUCGAUCGAGAUCAAGCGGCGGCGAACGCUUAUUUCACUGCGAAGUCCGUCGCAAACGCCAAAGCUGCACAAGCAGCUCGCAAAGCCAAAUCCGAUCCCUUGUACGGGGGCGCCACGCACUACUACCGCGAGGUUGCACAGCAAAAUCGGGAAUUGGCGAUGCGGCACCUCUCGGCAGCUACCGAGCGCCUUGUGGACAUGCAGUCCUCUAGUGGCGACCUGGAUUUGCACGGCUGUCAGGUUGCGCAGGCAGUCCGGAUCUCCCGCGAGCGAGUCGAGGCAUGGUGGGACGGGCUCGGUGAUACCAAGCAUAUCCGUGGUGGGGGCAGACAUGCCCACAAUGGAUACAAAAUCAUCACCGGUGUUGGCCUUCAUAGUCACGACGGCAAAUCUCGCCUGGGCCCUGCUGUCAGCAAGGCUCUCAUUAGCGAUGGCUGGCGCGUGGAGAUUGGCCGAGGCUUUGUCACCGUCAUUGGCGCGGCUCGUCGCUAG